ACAAAUGAACAACAAAUAAGAACGAAUCACCCGCCGCUCGUCCGUUACAAACCGAAACUCUACACCGGAAGUGACGAAUCCGUGUAGCAGUGGCUGCCUCGCAAUCAGCUCCUGGGUCAAUCUAAAAGUGCACUACACAGUGCGUGGAUUGCGGUGUUUGUUACAGUUUAUAGUGCACUUGUAUAGUGAGUUAGGAGGCUUUGGGAGAGGACCGAGUGAUGAUGAUAAUGCAGAGUUAGCUCCGGGUUUAUCCGUGAACACAGAGCCGACUACCCUCCGGACUGAGCAGUAAGAGUGUGAGUGCAUCAUGAGCUCAUAUUUUGAUGAACAUGACUGUGAGCCCACAGACCCAGAGGAGCAGUACAGAGAGAACGCACUGCUAGAGCUGGCCAGGAGUCUGAUUCAUGGUUUGGAUGUGGAUUUUGGAUCUCUCAAUGUUUCCGAGUGGGAUCAGCGUCUUCCUCCUCCUGCAGCCAAAAGUAUAGUGCAGAAUCUUCCUCUGAUCGUCAUAUCCCCACAGCAAGCAGAUAAAGGGUUGAAGUGUCCAGUGUGUCUACUGGAGUUUGAGGAGCAGGAGACAGUGCGAGAGAUGCCCUGCAAACAUCUGUUCCACUCCAGCUGUAUCCUACCCUGGCUGGGAAAGACCAACUCUUGUCCUCUGUGUCGACUCGAGCUGCCCACAGACAACGCCGACUACGAGGAGUUUAAAAAAGACAAAGACCGGAGAAGACAGAGAGAACACCGUCUGGAAGAUCUGCAUGGGGCCAUGUACACAUGACACACACAGACACAAACACUCUUACACACUUUAAAUGCAGGGCUUAAAUCAUGACAUGUGGCUUUGACAUGCUGCUGUCUCUCAGAUGCAAGUGAGAUGGACCAGGUUUCUAUAAAUCAAAAUUAUAUUAAACUCCAGAGUUUGUUUGAUCGUGUACACAGUUCUUUCGAUUGUCUUAAUGUUUUGUAUGAUUUUAGCAGAAAAUGAUUUGAGGCUUUUAUUAAAACAGAAAAUUGUGCAUUGUGAAACCUCUGAAAGUUACGUCACAAUCCUGCUAUAUAUUUUUGUGGUUUCUUGUUAUAAAAAAUAAAUAAAUAAAUAAAGAGGAAUAAAAAAACUGAGUGCUAAA